AUGCUCUCAACCGGCCCCCUUCUCCUCUUGGCCUCCCUCGUAACUUACGCCUACAGCGCAACUUUCAAUAUCUCAACCACAGGCGGCAAUGCAUCCAGUCCUUUGCUCUACGGUCUGAUGUUCGAGGACAUCAAUAAUUCUGGCGACGGCGGUAUUCAUGGCCAACUCCUUAAAAACAACGGAUUCCAAGGCGACUCCCCAGGCCUAACAGGCUACGCAUCCGUAGGCGGCACCAGCCUUUCCCAAGACACCACUGUCAACCUCACAACCGCCAUACAAUCCUCCCUAAAGGUAUCCGUCCCAUCUGGCACCACCGCUUCCGUCGGGUUCUCUAAUUCAGGCUACGGUGGCGUACCCGUCAACGCUGGCACAUACGCCAACUAUUUUUACAUCAAAGGAAACUAUUCCGGCACCGUUACGCUAAAGCUCGUUGGCUCUACUUCUGGUACUGUGUUUGCUACUCAUGAUGUCACGGUUACGAGUAGUAGUGCUGCGUGGACGUAUGUCGAGACUAGUUUCACGGCGAGCCAGAGCCCGGACGGGAGUAAUGUGUGGCAGCUGCUUUUCGAUGGGAGUAAAGUUGCGGGAUCGGCGUUGUGGUUCGAUCUCGUGCAGUUGUUUCCAGAAACUUACCAUGGGAGGUUUAAUGGGAUACGUAAUGAUGUGGGAGAGUUUCUUGAGGCGAUUGGGGGAAGUUUCUUGCGGUUUCCUGGUGGGAAUAAUUUGGAAGGCGGGUCACCUGGUGCUCGCUGGAAGUGGAAUGAGACGAUUGGACCGCUAGAAAAUAGACCUGGUCGUCAAGGCGAUUGGAGUUAUCCAAACACCGAUGCUCUCGGUCUCAUGGAAUACCUUCAAUGGUGCGACGAUAUGUCCCUAACCCCAGUCCUGGCAAUUUGGUCUGGCCUCUCACUCGGCGGUGGCAUAAUAUCCGGCACAGCUCUAGACCCCUACGUAGACGACGCGCUUAACGAGCUCGAAUUCCUGCUCGGAUCCACCUCAACCACCUACGGCGCUCUCCGCGCCUCCUAUGGCCACGCAGCAGCAUAUGACAUCCCCUACAUUGAGAUUGGCAACGAAGAUAACCUCUCCUCGGGCUGCUCCACCUACGCGUCCCGCUUCACAGCUUUCUACGACGCCAUCCACGCCGCCUAUCCUUCUAUCCAAAUCAUCGCUUCCACAAGCGAGGACUCGUGCUUACCAGAUCCGUUACCGUCGGGUGUUUGGACCGAUAUCCAUCAUUAUUUAUCACCGUCUGGCUUUGUUUCAAUGUUCGAUGAGUUCGACAACUACCCCCGCACCACCGGGUACGGGAUCUUCGUCGGCGAGUACGCAAACACCGAAACUGAUUCCGGUACUCAACUAUCCUGGUCAAACGUCCAAGGCGCCGUCUCCGAAGCAGUCUACAUGAUCGGCCUAGAACGCAACUCCGACCUCGUAAAACUAGCCUCCUACGCCCCCCUCCUCGAACACUUCGGCCUAGCCGAAUGGUCCCCCGACCUCGUCGGUCUCUCCUCCGCGCCCGACUCCCUCACUGGCUCUGUGUCCUACUACGUACAAAAACUCUUCUCCAACGCGCGAGGCGAUACCAUUAGAGCCGUAAGCGCCGACGUAGAUUUCGGCCCGCUGUAUUGGGUUGCUAGCUCUACCACUGGCGGGAUAUGGUAUGUGAAGGUUGCGAAUUACGGAACAGAUAGUCAGAAUGUGACGGUGAAGAUUCCCACUGCGAGUGGGCUGAGCGGCACGGCCGCGCUGCAGUUACUGAGCGGGAGUGCGGGGACGAGUAAUGGACCGGAUGCUGUCAACGUUCAGCCGGCUAAUAGUACGUUGACGGGGAGUGCGACGGCGGGGUGGACGUUCGAUAUUCCCGCGUAUGGGGUUGCUGUGUUUACGGCGAGUCCUGCUUAA